CCUCAACCGCUCAUCUGGAUCAACGCCUUCCCUGGCACCGGCAAACUCACCAUCUCCAAGCUCCUCAUUCCCCUUCGCUCACCCACCAAAGCUAUUCUGAUCGACAACCACCAACUCAUCGACCCUGUCUCCAUCCUCUACGCUCGGGACCACCCAUCCUACCAAACCGAACGAAAACACCUCCGCGAUCUUGCAUUCACGUCCCACGUCGAAGACCCCUCCACCUUCCAUCGGAUCGCAAUCUUCACCGCAACUCCCUUGGCCGCCGGGCGAGCUGGAAGGGUGUUCGUGCCGGUGUAUCUCACCCGCGACGUCGCGGAGAGCGUGCCGCGGAUGACGUCCGCGGAGCGGAUCGGGGGG